AUGAGGAAACAUGAUGCGCUGGAUAAGAGUGUGCAUCCAGACGGUGCACGAUAAGAUUUGGUUCCCUGUAAAUGCUUAUCGUUCUCCAUGGGAUGCGCUUUACUCCCUCCCCGCCACUUCCAUCUUCAUUUCUUCAUCUUCUCAAAAUUCAAUUUCGCAGUUCGAUUUUGAUCAUUGAGCUAACCUUACUGCACCCCACGAUCCAACCUGGUUACUUCUCAAACCAAUUCUGCUUUUUUACUUACAUAACACAAUGUCAGAAGGACUGCUGGAAUCAUCUGAAAAUGGAACAGAUUUGUCCCAGGAUGACAUUGGCACUGUUGAGGAAACACCGGAGGAUACAAUUUUGUCUAGACAAACUUCUGUCAAUCUUGUUCCUUUUAUUGGUCAAAGAUUUGUCUCUCAAGAAGCUGCUUAUGAAUUUUACUGCAGUUUUGCUAAACAAUGUGGCUUUUCUAUUAGACGACACCGCACUCGAGGGAAAGAUGGGGUUGGCCGGGGAGUUACAAGGAGGGAUUUUACUUGCCAUCGAGGUGGAUUUCCCCAGUCUAAACCUUCUGAUGAAGGGAAGAUACAAAGGAACCGCAAAUCGGCUCGCUGUGGUUGCCAAGCAUAUAUGCGUAUUGUGAGAAGGGCAGAUUUUGAUGUCCCUGAAUGGCGUGUUACUGGUUUUAGGAACAUCCACAAUCAUGAGUUGUUAAAAUCCAAUGAGUUGCGUCUGCUCCCUGCAUACUGUCCAAUAUCUCCUGAUGACAAGGGUCGGAUAUGCAUGUUUGCUAAAGCUGGAAUGUCGGUAAGACAAAUGUUAAGACUAAUGGAGCUAGAGAAGGGUAUCAAACUUGGUUGUCUUCCAUUUACAGAGGUAGAUGUGAGAAACUUGUUGCAGUCUUUCAGAAAUGUGGAUAGAGAUAAUGAUGCUAUUGAUCUGAUUACUAUGUGCAAGAGAUUAAAAGAUGAAAAUCACAACUUCAGGUAUGAAUUCAAAAUAGACAAUAAUAACAGGCUUGAGAAUAUUGCAUGGUCCUACGCCUCAUCCAUUCAGUCAUAUGAGUCAUUUGGAGAUGCUGUGGUUUUUGAUACAACCUACCGAGUGGAGGCUUAUGACAUGCUGUUGGGAAUUUGGCUUGGAGUGGACAACAAUGGAAUGAUAUGUUCCUUUAGUUGUGCACUUUUACGGGAUGAAAAUAUGCAAUCUUUUACAUGGGCUCUAAAGGCUUUCUUGGACUUCAUGAAAGGAAAGGCUCCACAAACAAUAUUAACUGAUCACAACACAUGGCUGAAAGAAGCUAUUGCUACUGAAAUGCCUGAAACUAAGCAUGGCUUUUGUAUAUGGCAUAUUCUUUCUAGGUUCUCAGACUGGUUUUCUUUACUUCUUGGAUCACAAUAUGAUGAGUGGAAAGCUGAGUUCCAUCGGCUCUACAAUUUGGAACUGGUGGAAGAUUUUGAAGAAGGCUGGAGACAAAUGGUAGAGAAAUAUGGACUCCAUGCAAAUAAACAUAUUAUUAGCCUAUAUUCAUUAAGGACAUUUUGGGCUUUACCAUUCUUGAGGCGAUACUUCUUUGCAGGAUUGACCAGCACAUGUCAGUCUGAGUCCAUCAAUGCUUUCAUCCAACGGUUCUUGAGUGCCCAAUCUCAACCAGAUCGCUUUUUAGAGCAAGUGGCUGAUAUUGUUGAUUUUAAUGACCGGACCGGAGCAAAGCAAAAGAUGCAACGGAAACUUCAGAAAGUUUGCCUCAAAACAGGUUCACCUAUUGAAUCCCAUGCUGCCACUGUACUAACUCCCUAUGCCCUGAGUAAACUCCAGGAUGAGCUAGUUUUGGCACCACAAUAUGCUUCCUUUCUGGUUGAUGAAGGUUGUUUCCAGGUCAGGCACCACGCUCACACAGAUGGAGGGUGCAAAGUAUUUUGGGUUCCUUGUGAAGAGCACAUCAGCUGCAGCUGCCAUCUGUUUGAGUUUACAGGCAUCUUAUGCAGACACGUGCUACGCGUCAUGUCAACUAAUAACUGUUUUCACAUCCCGGAUCAGUAUUUGCCUUCGCGUUGGCGAAGCACCGGUUUGUCGCCUACUAACCCCUUUCGGGGUACAAAUAGCAGGGAUCAGCCUGAUAAGAUACAAUUUUUGGAGUCCAUGGUUUCAACACUUCUAAUGGAAUCCAUUGAGACCGAAGAGCGCCUCGACGUGGCUUGUGAGCAGGUUCCGAUGGUGCUAUCACAGAUCAAAACCCUUCCCAGGUCAGCGCAUGCGGUGAAUGAUAUCACAUACUGUUAUCCAUCAGAUUCAUUGAUCCUGCCUGAGGUUGAAGACACUGAUGAAAUGAUUCAUGGUUUUGCAAUUGAAAAUCCACAUGAUUCUAUGGCUUUAGGGAAGCUAAAGGAGAGAAGGGCAAGAGAUGGAGUUGAUCUCAGUAGGAAGCGUAGGCAGUUCUCAGCACCAUUGUACGGACAUGAUGCAUCUGAUUGCUCUAUAAUGGCUAGUGAUAAUAUAAGUGAAGAUGCAUUAGGGUAUAUGUAGAGUGAAUGGAAGAAGUUGCAAAGUAAAUGCAUUUUUUUGGGUACAUAGUAAAUGCAUUUUUAGGCAAGUUGUAUCACUUUUGUGAACUAAUAUUAUGGUAUUUUAAAAAAUGGGGGUCAAAAUGUGACAUUCUAAAAAGUUGGUACUAGAGCCAAAUAUUAUUCAUUUCA